AUCUCAACUUCAUAUGGAUUGGCAUUGGUGGAAAAUUAUAUGUACACCAAUUGAAUGUAGUGAUUUUCAUUCAAGAAAUUUUCGGCGCGGUACGUCCCGUAGACAUAAAUGGAGAAAGCGUGGAGUACGUGCACAAAAUAUUUGAAUAACUUGGAUAACUUGAAUAAACUUGUCACCCUCACCGUUCUUGUAUAAAGGUAAGCGAACUCGCAACCUCUGUAUCAUUCUUCACUUAUUUCUCAAGGAGAUAUAUUUCCUGGUGUGUUUACUACAUUGCCGUCAAGAUGGUGCACUUUCCAAAGGUCCAUAAUGUGUACUUUUUGGCUUCUAUCGCCACGGUUGGUGGAAUGCUGUAAGCACCCAUGAUUCAUCACGAUGAUGCAGAGAUGGACAGUGUCUAACAAUAUUUCCAGGUUUGGUUUCGAUAUUUCAUCUAUGUCGGCCAUUAUCGGCACCAGCCAAUACAUAAAUUACUUUGACAAUCCCCAAGGUGUGGUACAAGGAGGUAUUGGUUCUGCCUUAGCUGGUGGUUCGGUUAUUGGUGCCAUCAUGGCCGGUCCAAUAUCUAACAAAUACGGUCGUCGGGACUCUUUAUUCUUUGCCUGUCUCUGGUGGUUACUUGGAACAGCUCUUCAAACUUCCUGUAAUGGAAUUCCCAUGUUGAUUUGUGGUCGUUUCAUCAACGGUAUUUGUGUAGGUAUUACCUCCUCGCAAGCACCGGUAUACCUCGCCGAAAUUGCCAAGAAAGAAAGCAGAGGAUCCAUUAUCGUUAUCCAACAAUGGUCUAUCGAGUGGGGUAUCUUCCUUAUGUACUUUGUGGGAUACGGAUGCAGUUUUAUCAAAUCCACCCCAACAGCGUCAUUCCGUACCGCAUGGGCCAUACAAUUUGUUCCCUGCAUUAUCCUCAUGAUGGGUAUCCCAUUCCUUCCUCGAUCGCCUCGUUGGCUCGCAAAAGUUGGCCGCGAAAGAGAAGCCAUCGCUAUUCUCGCAGAUAUCCAAGCAGGCGGCGACGUCAACGAUCCACUAGUAAUCGCCGAAUGGGAAGAAAUCACCACGAUUCUUGCAGCUGAGCGUGAAGGUCAAAAGGGGUGGAGACGAUUCUUCAAAAAUGGCAUGUGGAAACGUACUUUAGCAGGUACAUCCGUUCAAGCUUGGCAACAAUUGAGUGGUGCAAAUGUCAUGACUUAUUAUGUGGUUUAUAUCUUCGAAAUGGCCAGUUUAACGGGAAACAUCGGACUUGUUUCUUCUGGAAUUCAAUACGCGAUCUUUAUAAUAGGUACUGCAGCCACCUUUUUCUUCAUUGAUAAAACUGGUCGAAGACCAUUACUCGUAAGUACCUCCUGUAAACACAUACAUCUUAAACCACUCAAUAACUAACCCAAACCUCUAGAUCUUCGGCGCAUUAGGCAUGGGCAUAUGCAUGUUCGUAGUCGGUGGCAUCCUAGGCUCAUACGGAACCUACCUCCCAGACGGCCUAAACGGCAAUCUCAGCGUACGAGUCCAAGUAUCCGGCUCCCCGGCCUACACCGUCAUCGCCUUCUGCUACAUCCUAGUACUCAUCUACUCUGUAACCCUCGCACCCAUCGCCUGGGUCUACGCGGCCGAAAUCUGGUCCCUCGAAACGCGCGCCACGGGAAUGGCCCUCGCGUCAGUCGCAAACUGGCUUUUCAACUUCGCAAUCGGUUUAUUCAUUCCCUCUGCCUUCCAAAAUAUUAGCUGGAAAUUAUUCAUUCUGUUCGGCGCUCUCUGUAUGGCUGCUGCGGUGCAGGCAUUCUUUACGUACCCUGAGACGGCGGGUAAGACGUUGGAGGAGAUUGAAGUACUUUUUGCAAAGGGCGGUCCAAAACCUUGGAAGACAAGACCGGGAGGGAGUUUGUUGGAUGAGAGGGUUAGGGAUGUGGUUGCGUUUGAGGAGAAGGAUGGGGUGGGUAUGGGGGGGAUGCAGGAGGAGAGGGUGGAGUAUAUGAAUGGGGAUAGGAAUAGAGAUGGGAAGGAGAGGGGUGGGAGUGCGGUUUAAGGGUAGGGGUAAUGGGAGAUGCAUAUCGAUACCCUGGGUUUUUCGUGUGGUUUGGGUGUUUUUGAGAUAUCAAUUUGAGGUUUAUUUUUUGUGAAUAUUGUUUGGUGGUGAUUUUUUGUUUGCCUGAUUUUAUCUCUUUUGUGAUAAGAUUAUAUCAUGGAGACGAGAAUUAAGAUUCUCGAGAUUCAGACAUAUGGACAUUGGAGAUUUUUAACGAUUUAUCAGAUAGGAUACCCAAAGAUCCUAGGACAUCCAAUCAUCAUGAUUGCAAAACCAACGAUCGAUGGAAAGACAUUGGGUUCCGAUUCUUGAAUAUAAACAAGUAACUAUAACAUUCAAGUCAUAUCAGACAAUGAAUUUUUCAAUAC